CUAGUCUUGCAACACACGCUCAAAUCAUGGCAAACAUUUGCGUCUGCGCGAGAUUCAGGCCUGUAGAUGAUGCUGAAGCUAUAUGCAUCGCACGCUCUGAUUCUCAAAGUUUUACUCUCAAGGAUGAUAAGGAUGAACAAUACAUUUUUAGCUUUGAUAAGGUGUUUUAUGAAGAUUCCCAGCAGGCGGACGUCUACGAUUUUCUGGCUCGCCCUAUUGUGAGAGAUACUGUUAAUGCAAUUAAUGGCACAAUUAUCGCAUAUGGACAGACUGGAGCAGGGAAGACUUAUACCAUGGAGGGGGCCAACAUUUUGGAAAUGGUCAACCACAGGAAAGGAUUACUACCCAGAGUGGUAGAUGAGCUUUUUGAGGCUAUAAAACUUUGUGGUGAAGCGAAUGCUUACACGAUCAAACUAUCAAUGGUAGAGAUUUAUAUGGAGAGAGUAAGGGACCUUUUUGAUUUAUCAAAGGACAACAUACAGGUCAAAGAGCAUAAAGGGCAUGGCAUAUUGUUAUCUGGAGUAACAGAAAUCUCGAUAUUUGACAGUGAAGAAGCAUUAAAAAGCCUAUGUAGUGGAAUAGCAAAUAGAGCAGUUGGAGAGACUCGAAUGAACAUGGGAAGCAGUAGAAGUCAUUGCAUCUACAUAUUUACUGUUCAGAAAGAAGUAACAAAUGAGAAAAGGGUGAGCAGCGGAAAGCUUGUUCUUGUAGACUUGGCAGGAUCUGAGAAGGUUGAAAAGACGGGUGCCGAGGGAAGGGUUCUUGAAGAAGCCAAGGCCAUUAACAAAUCACUUUCUGUGCUUGGAAAUGUGAUUAAUGCUUUGACAUCGAGUCAACAGGGCAAAGCAUAUCACGUCCCUUAUCGUGAUUCAAAGCUUACUCGAAUCCUACAGGAUGCUCUUGGAGGAAACUCCCAGACUGCAUUACUUUGCUGUUGCUCACCAAGUCUUUGUAAUUUAUCCGAGAGUCUAUCCACCCUACGGUUUGGAGCAAGAGCUAAACAUAUAAAGGCAUCAUCAUCAUCAUCAUCAUCAUCACACAUGAGUUGCAAGGACGAUAUGUUUGAUAGGAAGCAGGAGACAUCAUUUGAGAAUGUGAAAAUAGUUGAGAGAAUCCUAAGAAAGUUAAGAGACAAGUUGGAUGUCAAGACGAUGAAUCUGUUGGUGAUGGAUGGAGUUUUCUCAUCAGGUGAGGAGGAGGAGGAGGAGGAGGAGGAGGUGAAUACUAUUACUUCACAAACAAUAUCCUCAUGGAAGGAAGCAACUGAAAAGCUUGUUAAGACUAUUAUUGAGCUAAGGAAAGAGAAGAAGAUCCUCAAGGAUGAGUACGAAGCGAUGAUGGAGGAGUACAGGGUGAUGAUGCGAAGCAAAUUAAUUAGAGAAAAAAAGGUUUGUUUGCUCCUGGGACUCGGCUUUGGUGUUUUAGCUUCAAUCUGCUGCUGCUUCCUUUUCACCAUUCUAGUUUCUUGAUAGUUUAUGAAAUCUCAAGAAUUGUCUGGUCAAUCCUUUCCUUCAUCAUGCAACAUUUUUGGAUGUUACAACCAAUUAACUUCA